AUUCUCUUUUGCUCUUUUUUUAGCUCUUGGGAGGGUACCGCAUACGGACUCGCCCUUCCCUUCUCGUUGACCUUUCCUCAUCAUACCUCAAGUUUAAGAAAUAUGGAGGGUCCUUUACGCCCAUUCACCGACCCGGCCAGUAAGGCCUCAGACAGGCCAUUCCCGCUGGACGAUAAAAAACUCGACUCUCUUUCUGACGAAUCGCUCGCUGACCUCCUCAAUUCAGCCCCAAUCCUUUACGAUCUCGGCCAAACGACCGUAGUGCGACUGUCCAAGAACCUCGUCUUAAAAGGCGGCGGCAAUGUGCUGCCUUGUGAGGCAAAGGUACUUCAACUAGUUGCAUCAAGAUCCAACAUUCGAGCUCCUCGUGUUCAUCGGUCACUCCACUUCACGGACGACACGAAAUACUUUGGCACCAUGGGGUACAUCGUGAUGGAUUAUAUCGACGGUGAACCGCUUGAUGGCUGCUGGGGCGAGCUCAGUGAUGAACAAAAAUUGGACAUCGCGAAACAAACUGCCCAGAUGAUCAUCGAAAUGCAGUCCAUAAAGCUCUUAGAGCCAGGUCCGAUCGGCGGGGGACCAUGUCGCGGUCGUUUCUUUACGCACUAUAGUGCUGGUCCUUUCAAGGGCGUGUCCGAAUUCGAGGGCUGGUUCAACCACAAAUUGGACAUCUGUAAAAAAUACAAUCACGCGCCACAAGACCUUCCCCCGUUCAAGUUCACCCAGUUUGUUCUCACCCAUCAGGACAUCAGUCCGCGAAACCUCAUUCUGGACCGCACUGGCCUUGUAUGGCUCGUGGACUGGGCAGAUGCGGGCUCGUAUCCCCCUGCUUUCGAGACGGCAGCUCUAUCGUCUCAGUCGCAGUUUGUCGACUUUAAUGACAUGGUGCUGUCAUUGCUCCCGCGAUACCCUUUGGAAGAACAACAAUUAGAUUCCAUUGGAUACGGACUCUCGAUAGCAGCACUGGCUUAAAUUGUGCAGGUAUCGCAGAUGGAUACUGGCUAAGACGUUUGAGCAACCCGCCCCAGGAGUACCUUGCAACAUGGAUCAGUGCUCAACCUCCCAUCCGCAACCGUGCGGAUUCCGACCGUCCGACCAGCGUCCCUUCCGUACACUUCGGAAGUUGAUCUUCUGAUUUUCAAAAUCAGCAGCUGUGGAUUGUAACAUACACCGGGGUGAAAG